AUCAUUCGAAUAAACUCUCACCAGUAAUUAAUUCUGAAAUAUAUUAUAUAAUAAUCAACUGAAACUUACCCAAUUGAUAAUUAUGAAUUCAAAAAUUAUUCUCGCUUUGUGCAUUGUUAUCACAAUAGCAGCUGCAGUGCCUGCUCAACCCGGUUUUGCAGGAUGGCCACCAGCUGGAGGUGUUAACCCUUGGAUACCACCAUGGGUCUCCUCAGCCCCGUGGUACCCACAAUGGUCACCCUGUACUACGAUUGGAUCGUCCUGUCUUGACUGCACAACAAAGAUGGUUUGCACUAAAGUAGGAGCUAUACAAAGAGUAUGCAGUGACCCAACCAUGCCGCACUGUAAUCUUGGUGAAUGUUCGGCCACGCCUUCUGAAGAAUGUGCGGUACCCGUCGUGCCCGCGACUACGGCUUAAUGAGGAUGUGUUUAAAUGAAUAAAAUGCAAUUAUUGUUCUGAGAAACAAAUACUAGUGCUUUGUAAAUUUCUAUAAAUUAAAAUUAAAUUUCGAUAAAUUAUAAAAUAAAGUUGUGUAUC